AUGCCAGAGUACUCCUCAAGAAGACACAAGACGUCGCGAUCCACUGGAAGAUCUUCUUGUCAAUCGAAAGCACAAGAAGCCGAUGAAGAGCCUUCCGAAUCAUCAAAUGCUUCCAACCUUGAGAGAGGCGAGAGAGGCAAAGGAUCUCAUGUUAGAUCUACACAAACGUCAAGGUCGCCAAAUAAAAAAGACUCUGAGCGAUCCGAUCGCAGAUCUUCUAGAAGACCGAAACCGCGAGAAGCUGAUGAGGAGCCUUCCGAAUCAUCCUACAGCGAGAAAACGCCUGGAAAUGCUCGCGAGCUGCGGAGUGAACCCAAACACAGAUCACCAAAGAAAGAAGUAAGCCUACUUGGCGAUCGUAGAAAGGAACAAAGCGUCGCAAGGACAUCCAAACCUGGUGCCUUUCCUGCUUUGAAUAAAACCAGCAAUCCUGGUGAUCGCAGAAAGAGGCAAAGCGCUACAAGGUCCAGCAAACCUGCUUCUACUCUUGAAAAUGGAACCAGUAGUUCUAGUGAUCAUGGGAAGGAGCAAAGCAUCGCAAGAGCAAGCAAACCUGGUGCUAUCACUCCACAGAACGAUGGGGAUCGAGAAAAGGAGCGCAGGUCUACCCGAUCUUCGAAUCCAGGAGCGGUUCACGAUGAUCGGGUGUCGAAUCGCAACCGAAGGAAACAAGAAAGAGCUUCAAGCUCGUCGAACCAGACACGAUCAACUUCCGGUGUGUGUGAUUUUUCGGAGGCGGCAACCGUGGAACAUGAUCCGGAAGGAGACCAAGUGCUGCUGAUGAGACGCGAAAUAGAACAGCUUAAUCAGCGACUGGGUGCCGAAAGAGGAGAACGAGAAGCAAACGAAGAAGCACAGCAAGAAGCGCAGCUAAAAGAGAAAAGGAAGAGAAGAAAUCGGAUCAUCAUUGUUCUGCUUUGCGUAGUUGUUCUCAUUGCCGCCGGAGCAGGUGCAUUCUUUUCUUUCACCAAGGACGAAACUACUGGAGACUCUGCGACUGCAAAUGGCAACACCGAAGAUCCGACAACAACACCAUCAUCUGUUACCAUCAACGGCAACCUCUCUGCAUCAGUCGCACCCACAAGCGCUGGUUCCAAUAGUCCAACCGUAACCCAGCUAUACGAUCCACCAAAUGAAGACAUCUGUCUUGCUAUCUCCAGAAACGAAACCAUCGCUGGACAGGUGGACUUGGAUCAAAGGGAGUUUGACAUGGCGUUCGAUGUCACUUUGGAAAUAGAUGACGAUAUCACUGUACCUGAAAUUCAAACACUAUUGGACGCCAUUCAAGCCAGGCUCUUGCCUCCCUUGGCUGGAUGUUCUUCUAGUCAGACAGUCAAUCGUCGCGGACUUCUAACAGCAAACGAUCAACAAACGAUCAGAGCGGUUGUUGCAGAACCGCACAGCAGACAACGACAGCUUGCAAUUGGGAAUAGUCGCUUUGUGAUUUUCAAUGCAUUCGUCACAGGUCGAGAGGAUCCCGAUGUGGUCUGCAUCACCACACAAGACUUGAACCUCUGUCACAGAAUUGUUGUGACAGUAUCUGCCAUUUUAAAAGGCCCAGUCCAACUGACAGAUAUUGUCGUUCUGACCUCUGAACAAGUAUCUGACAAACUGAAGGAGCAAGAACAAGUUGAUGGCAACUUGAAAGAUCCAUUGGGAUUGGGCGAUCCAUUCUCCGAGGUACAGUUGAUCAAAUUUGAUAAUGCAAAUGAAUCAGCAACACCUUCACUGUCGGCAUUUCCAAGCGUCGGGCCAUCCGAUACGUCAAGUCUACGUCCUUCAUCAUUUCCCUCUUUGCCACCAACACUGGCUCCCGUAGUGGGCCCAACUCUCUCGCCCUCAAGCGCAUCUUCAACAGUACCAUCGAGAGUACCAAGUUUGUCUCCAACAGCUACUGCAAGUGAAGUUCCAUCUGCAAGUCCUUCAAUGGUGCCAAGCAUGGCUCCAUCUUCCAAUCCAUCAAUCCAACCGAGCAAAGCUCCAUCUCCUAAUCCAUCGAUAAAGCCAAGUAUGGUUCCAUCUGGAAGUCCAUCGGUACAACCGAGCUUGUUUGCAUCUGACACUCCAUCGCUAAAGCCGAGUGUGGUUCCUUCUUUUGCCCCGUCAAUGAACCCAUCGCAGCCAUGCUUUGAAAGCGACGGUGAGCUUGUUAGUGAAGUCGAGAACUGGUUUGGUACCGAAUUGCAAAAGACAUCAGCCGAAAACACCUAUGGCCCUAUCGGGGGUUGGUGUUUUGGUCCAGGUGUCACCAGUAUGGAAUUUCUCUUCGCAAAUAAAUACACUUUCAAUGAAGACAUUUCAAACUGGGAUGUUUCUUCUGUCACUGCAAUGAAGUCAAUGUUUUAUUUUGCAUCAUCCUUCAAUCAAGACUUGUCAUCAUGGGAUGUUUCUUCUGUGACGGAUAUGGGUAGGAUGUUCAGAAAUGCAACAGCUUUCAAUGGAGACAUGUCAUCAUGGGAUGUCUCUUCUGUAGCCAGGAUGAAUGGAAUGUUCAGAGACGCACCAUCUUUCAAUCAAGAAUUGUCAUCCUGGGAUGUUUCAGAUGUAACAACAAUGCUGCACAUGUUCAACUCUGCAUCAUCAUUCAAUCAAGACUUGUCAUCUUGGGAUGUUUCUUCCGUUACAAACAUGAAUUACAUGUUUUCCCAAGCAUCAUCUUUCAAUCAAGACUUGUCAUCUUGGAAGGUUGUUUCUGUGACAAAAAUGACAGCGAUGUUUGAACAAGCAUCAUCUUUCAAUCAAAAUCUUUGUGCGUGGGUCUCACGCCUACCGAGCUAUGCCAACGUUGACUUCGCGUUUUAUGGCGCCGCCAGCUGCCAAUCAGAGUCGAAUCCAAACCUCUUUGCGACUACAACAGGGCUACCAGUAGGUCCAUUAUGUCAUUUCUGCAUCUAA